AUGCCGCCCCUAGACAAUCAAGCAAACAUCCCACAAGACUUCCCGGCCCACAGUCACCAACAAUUCAGAUGCCAAUUUCCUGGCUGCAAUGCCAGCUAUCGACGCAAGGAGCAUGUUCGACGGCAUGAAUUGAAACAUUUUCCGCGCCAGGCUUUUCCGUGUUCCAGUUGUGGUCGUGAAUUCGGACGAAGGUACUGGAAUGUUAUUAUCAGUGAUACACUUCGGCGCCAUGUUCAAAAGCAUCACAAGAGAAUUGAUCCUCUAAACCGUGCGCAACGAGCAUGUGAAAACUGUCACAAAAGGAAGUCCCGAUGUGAAGGAGGUGUACCCUGUGAUGAGUGUUUACGUCGCAAGAUUCAAUGUUCCUUCCGUGACCAUGAUAGUACGACAGAAGGAAAUUUUCCCGAAUCCCCAGCAAACCAAGUUUCAGGACUGGUGCAUGAGCCGUCACAGAUGCAUAAUUUGGGGAAGCGAGAACAGUGUAUCAAUCUCUAUUUUGAGAAAUUUCACCCCCAAUGGCCUUUUAUCCAUAAAGGGUCAUUCGACAUGCGCCAAGAGACACCAUUACUUGUUCAAUCAAUGAUUGUUAUAGGCCUGUGGGCUCGAGGAGACCAGCCUGCACAGUCGGCAGCGGUGGAGCUUCACGGUAAACUUGAUUCAGCUAUUCAGGAUCAAAGGGAGAAAUGGGAUGUUCCGGAAGGAUUCGAUGAUUGCAGUGCCUGUUCCUUGCCAAUCGCCACGUACCAGGCUAUCCUAUUACAUAUCAUAUUUUCCUGUAUACUCAGGAGCCGGGAUACUAUGGGGUUUGACCUAAAAAUACGUCUGUCCACUGGUGAUUUUAGUCUACUCGAAGCACUUGUCAGGAGCUGUCGGAAGCUGGGCAUGUUCUGUUAUCCUAAGAUACUCGCCCGGUACAAAGAAACCGACCUGGAGCCUUUUGUCUGGGUGAGUAUUGAAGAGAUCAAGUGGUUUAAUGUAGCUUUAUACAAGAUUUGUGGGAAGUCAAGCAGAUCUAGUGAAGGAGAAGGCAGGUAUGAUACCGACGCAGUAAUACCUUUGUUAAACGCAAGAGAACUUCAAUUUCCCCUGCCAAAAAACUGCCCCCUGUGGAAUGCAGUUAACAAGGAGGAGUGGAUAUCUCUUGGGAAAGACGAAGAUAUAGUUUGCAUGAACGAUCACGUCCAGGAGGACUGGAUAUCUAAUUCUGCGGGUUUAUUGCGGUUUUUAGAGGUAUAG